AUGCCCAAGCGAAAGGAGGGUACUUACAUACGACACUUCGAUGAGGAUGAAUCGGCUUGCCAGAAUGAGCACCAGAAUGACUUGAACGAAUUACAUUACCAGACACUGGAGCGAAAAACAGUUUGGAUGUUAGAUCUGACGAUCCUUCCGAUAAUGACAAUGUUUUCGCUGUUGAACUUCUUGGACCGGGUCAGCAUUGGCAAUUUGCGCGUGAUCGGCUUCCAAGAGGAUUUAGAUGUUUCGGACAUACAGAUCGCCAUCGCCUUGACGGCUGGCAUGAUGCUAUCAAAAAAGCUGAUCGACACUUCUAUGCUUCCUGUCUGUCUAGGCCAUAGAGCUCCCGUCAAACCUCGUGCUGCACAAGGUCGGCGCAGCUUCGAAGGCUUGGUGGCGGUCAGAGUUUUUCUGGGGUUACUCGAAGGCGGAGUCGCUCCGGGAACUAUGUUGUAUUUGUCCAGUUUUUAUACAAGGAAAGAAUUACAACUCCGUAUCGCAAUUGUCCAGUCGGCUGCUUGCGUUUCAGGCGGAUUAUCAGGUCUACUGACGUAUUUUAUAUAUCAACUCGAUGGAUUUUUGGGAAAACCCGGCUGGUGUUGGGUAUAUUUUAUUGAAGGAUUGAUCACUAUCUUCUUCGGCAUCUUGGGACUUUUUCUUCUACCAUCCACUGUAGAGAAAAGUAGGUUUUUAAGCGUGGCACAACAAAAAAUCGUCCGUAAACGUAUGCAAGAAGAUCGAGGUGGUGCAGCUUCGGAGCAGAACCUUGAGCGCGCUUCCGUCCAUCAAAUUCUCCAAGCCCUCAAAUCCCCCCACGUGGUCAUACUAUGCAUGUGCGGGUUUUUGGCGUUUACAAAUAUAUACGGGGUGGCCUAUUUUCAACCAGUCGUCGUACCAUACAUUUCUGCCUUCCUAGUCAUGCUAGGAACCUCUUACAUAUCCGACAGGUAUUCUUUGCGAGGUGCAACAGCGCUCAUCUGUGCCGUGCUUUCCCUGGUUGGAUAUGCCACUUUUUACUGUCUAGAUGAUUGGGGUCAGCGGUAUGGAACGAUAUUUAUAUCUAUGGCCGGAGCAUAUUCCACCCAGCUUCCAUUGAUAGCGUGGUUGUCGAAUAAUACCGAGCCAUAUAUCCGAAGGGCAACAGCGAUUGCAUUCUAUGCUGUACUCGGAAAUAUCGGGGGAAUCAUGAGCGUCUGGGUUUUUGCCUACGCCGACAAGCCUCAAUAUUCGAUUCCAACAGUAAUGAAUAUCGCCUGUGCGGUAGGAAUCAUACUCUUGACGUCUAUAAAUUGGAUAUAUCUCAAUUACAAAAACAAAUGCAAAAUUACCAAACGUGGUGGAAUUUUAGCAGGAUACGAGUUCAAUGUCAAAGAUUAUGUUGAUUCAGAGGCCUUUGAGCGUUUGGAAAGAUUGAAACAUCUUGUACUUCUUCGAUAUGAAUGUCAUGAUUAUUUGAGUAGCAACAAGGCCUGCUUUCAGGAUGAAUGCUUGUUCUGA